AUGAUGGGCGGAGCCGCCCAGAGCAAUUCACUCAAAACGGCGACGUACAGCGAAAAACCUUGGCUUCUGAAAAAGAUGAGACUACCCAGCUCGCUGAGGACUUUCAAGCAAGGAAACAAGCUCGCUGAGGAUGGGAAAUAUCGUGAAGCGCUUGGGAAGUGGGAAGCUGCUCUUACUUUGACGCCAGACAGAGCAGUUUUACAUGAACAAAAGGCUCAACUUUUACUUGAAAUUGGAGAGGCAUGGAAUGCUUUGAAGGCUGCAACUCGAGCUGCUGAAUUGGAGCCAUCAUGGGCUGAGGCCUGGAUCACCCUUGGUAGAGCACAGUUGAACUUUGGGGAGCCCGAUAAGGCCAUGGAAAGCUUUGACAGAGCGUUAGCUAUUAAGUCUGAGUCUGUGGAGGCACAGGAUGACAGGCAAACUGCAUUACAUCUAGUGAAGAGGCGAAAGCAGCUACAUUCAUCAGGGUUGAGUGCUACUAAAAAUCGUUAUGAAGUAGGAGACAAGACCGAAAGCCCCUAA